AUGGUGCACGACGCCCCCCACCCCUUCCCCACCGUGGACGUGCCCGAUCACGCGCACUACACCAUCGGCUCCGUCAUCCUCGCCAUCGGCAUCACCGGCAUGAUCGGAAACUUCCUGGUCAUUUAUGCCUUCAGCAAGAGUCGCAGCCUGCGGACGCCGGCCAACAUGUUCAUCAUUAACUUGGCCAUCACAGACCUGCUGAUGUGUGUCACCCAGUCGCCCAUCUUCUUCACCACCAGCAUGCACAAGAGGUGGAUCUUUGGAGAGAAAGGUUGCGAGCUGUACGCCUUCUGCGGUGCUCUCUUCGGGAUCUGCUCCAUGAUCACGCUGACCGUCAUCGCCGUCGACCGAUACUUCGUCAUCACUCGGCCUCUGGCCUCCAUCGGCAUGUUGUCGUGGAAACGGGCCCUCGUCAUCCUCGUGGCGGCCUGGCUCUACUCGUUGGCAUGGAGCCUGCCGCCGUUCUUCGGAUGGAGUGCGUACGUCCCCGAGGGUCUUUUGACUUCCUGUACGUGGGACUACAUGACCUUCACCCCAUCGGUGCGAGCGUACACAAUGCUGCUCUUCAUCUUCGUCUUCUUCCUGCCACUCUUCAUCAUCAUCUACUGCUACGUCUUCAUCUUCCGGGCCAUCCGCGCCACCAACCAGGCCGUGGGGAAGAUUAACGGCAGCACUCACAGUCACGGCAGCACUCGAGACUCAGUGAAGAGUUUCCAUCGGCUGCAGAACGAGUGGAAGAUGGCUAAGAUUGCUCUGAUCAUCAUCCUGCUGUACGUCAUCUCCUGGUCUCCGUACUCCAGCGUCGCCCUCACCGCCUUCGCCGGGUACGCCGACAUGUUGACGCCCUACAUGAACUCUGUGCCUGCUGUCAUCGCCAAGGCCUCGGCCAUCCACAACCCCAUCAUCUACGCCAUCACACACCCAAAGUACAGGGUGGCGUUGGCGAAGUACAUCCCGUUUCUUGGGACCCUGCUGUGUGUUCAUCCUCGUGACUUGCGCUCAGCCAGCAGCAGCUUCGUGUCCACGCGUCGCUCCACCGUCACCAGUCAGACCUCCGACAUCAGCAGCCAGUUCAGGCGGCAGAGCACCAACAAGUCCCGCCUCUCCUCCGCCUCCGACAGCGAAUCGGGUCUUACGGACACGGAGAACGAUAUGUCCAGUAUGAGCUCCAGACCCGCCAGCCGCCAGGUGUCCUGUGACAUCAGCAGAGACACCGCUGAGUUCCCCGACUUCAAACCUUCAUCCAGCUUCAAGUCCAAGAUGAAGAGCCACGACUCAGGCAUCUUUGAAAAGACGUCCUACGACAAUGAUAUCUCCAUGGCCGGGGUCAGUGAACGCAACAGCGUCCCAAACAGCUCUGACAUCACAGACGGUCACAUGAUGAGAGGUACGAUCGGUCGCAUCCCGAGCAUCGUCAUCACCUCCGAGACCAGCCCCUUCCUUCCCAUUGGCCGAAACGGCUCCCGCUCCGCCCGCAACAAGUCAGCCAACAGCAACACAGGGGCGGGGUCAAGCUAG